GUGGGAGAGUGGCAUUCAGUAAUUAGAUAAAAACAAAACACAAAAAAAGAAACCACUCAUAGAGUAGAUAAGAACUACUUUAGGUGAAGGGAAAGACAACACACGAUACAGGGGAGGUCAGCACAACUGGACUAAACCAAAAGCAAAGAAGCUUCCUGAAUAAACUGAAUGCUUCAAAGAUCUGCGCCCCCUGGACAUCCUGGCAGAAGGAGUGCCCUCUAGAGGUGCCGCAAGGGGAGUCAGAGUGAUACAGGCUCAGGGUGCCCGAGGAUUCCAACUCUCAGCUGCCGCCCCCCACGCCAUGAGCUUCCCUGCAUCACGAAUUUUCACUGGGUGUGACCUCUUCCCUGAAGAAUUUUCCAUCGUGGUAACCUUGAAAGUUCCCAAUCUUCCACCCAAGAAGAACGAGUACCUGCUCACAGUGGUGGCCGAGGAGAGAGGCGUGCUGCUGCUGGGGCUGCGGUACUCGGCCAGCAAGCUCCACUUCCUCUUCCUCAGCGAGGGCGCCUCUGGGGCCUGGCAGAUCCGCGUGUCCUUCCGGAAUCUGGCACUGACGGACAGCCGGUGGCACACACUGGUCUUGGCGGUGUCCGAAGGAUCCUUCUCUCUCACCGUGGACUGUGGCCUUCCCAUGGACAUAACUGCUGACAUACCCUUCCCAGCCACCCUGUCUGUGCAAGGAGCCCAAUUCUUCAUUGGCAGCCGGAGGAGGACAAAAGGCCUGUUCACCGGUCUGAUGCGGCAGCUGGUCCUGCUGCCUGGCUCUGACGCCACCUCCCAGCUGUGCCCCAGCAGGAACGCUGAGCUGGUUGUGUUGUCCAUCCCUCCGAUCCUACAGAGCCUCACAUGGAAGCCAGAAGAUAACGAGGUGCUAAAAUAUCCCUAUGAAACUGAUGUGAAGGUGACACUGGGGUCACAGCCCCACUGUACCCAAAUGGAAGAAGCCCAAUUCUGGUUUGACGCCAGCCGGAAAGGGCUGUACCUCUGCGUCGGCAGCCAGUGGAUCUCCGUGUUAGCAGCCAAAGAAAAACUGGAUUAUGUGGAGGAGCACCAGAGCCUGUUCACGAACUCAGAGACCCUGGGCAUCGAAGUCUUCAUCAUCCCCAAGGUGGGGCUCUUCGUAGCAACGGCCAACCGGAAAACCACUUCCACCAUCUACAAGUGGACCGAUGGGAAGUUCGUUUCCUAUCAGAACAUCCCCACACGCCAGGCGCAGUCCUGGAGACAUUUCACCAUUGGGAAAAGGAUCUUCCUGGCUGUAGCUAAUUUUGAACCAAAUGAGAAGGGCCAGGAGUUCUCUGUCAUUUACAAAUGGAGCCACCAAAAGCUGAAGUUCACCCCAUACCAGAGGAUCGCCACCCACAGUGCCCGUGACUGGGAGGCCUUCCAGGUGGACGGGGAGCACUUCCUGGCCGUGGCCAACCACCGGGAAGGCGACAACCACAACAUCGACAGUGUCAUCUACAAGUGGAACCCACAGACCCGGCUCUUCGAGGCCAACCAGACCAUCGCUACCUCCGGUGCCUAUGACUGGGAGUUCUUCACUGUGGGGCCCUAUUCCUUCCUGGCCGUGGCCAACACGUUCAACGGCACCUCCACAAAGGUGUACUCUCACCUGUAUGUCCGGCUCGUCGGUUCCUUCCAGCUCUUCCAGUCUUUUCUGACAUUUGGGGCCGCAGACUGGGAGGUGUUCCACAUUGGAGAGAGGAUCUUUCUGGCUGUCGCCAACAGUCACAGCUAUGAUGUUGAAAUGCAAGUACAAAACGACUCCUAUAUCAUCAACUCGGUCAUCUACGAGCUGAAUGUCACUGCACAGAUUUUCGUCAAGUUCCAGGAUAUUCCUACCUGCAGUGCCCUGGAUUGGGAGUUCUUCUCUGUGGGAGAAGAUUAUUUCCUCGUGGUUGCCAACUCCUUUGAUGGAAACACCUUCUCGGUAAACAGUAUUAUCUACAGGUGGCAGGGGUACGAAGGCUUUGUGGCGGUGCACAGCCUCCCGACCUUUGGCUGCAGAGACUGGGAGGCCUUCAACACCACAGCUGGCUCCUACCUCAUGUACUCCAGCGCCAAGGAGCCACUGUCCAGGGUGCUGAGGCUGAGGACAUGGUGAAGGGUUGCAGGCCUGCCGGGGGAAGGGUUGUGGGGCAGAAGAAUGGGGCAGGACCCCACCUCAUGCACCAAUACCUCCCUGCCCAGAUCCCCCAAGAAGGCUGGGAACCUCUAGGUAGGGGCCAUGCACGGUGCCCCUGCCCAGCCUGAGAUGCUCCCCAUGGGCCGGGGCAGUUCAGGCAGGUCCCAGCCCCCGCUGGCCUGAUUCCAACAGCACCUGUCCCAUGGGGCUCACCUCCACCUCAAGAGCUCCCUGGUACAGGAGCGCAAGCCCCAGUGAUGCCACAGCCAGACCCUCAUUGGCUUGUUGGUGACUCAGGCUAAGGGCAGGAGCCCCCGUUGAAGUCACCAUGUCUUAAAGGAGAAGUUUAUAUGGAACUGUACCUCAGGAUCAAUGGGGAGGAGGUCAUGCUGAUGGCCCUGCCCCUCCCACACACACCCAGACUCUGCCACAGGUUUUUGUUGCUCUGUUUUACAUAUUUAGUACCAACUAUUUAUUGUGUCUUAUCUAUACCAAAACAUAUUUAUAUAAACAUGUUUACAAAACCCUGGCUGGAUUUCUGAGUUUCUUGGGGGGACUCUCAGUAACACGUGACAGGGGCUUCAAACAUGGUCACUGCAGGGAAGCCUAUGUUGUCUCAUCCACAGUGCAGAUGAGGAUGUGAAGAGCAAACCAAAUCCCAUCUUUGAAACCAGUGCGUCGAUUCCACUUCUCUGACAACAAAUGUAAGGACCAACUGCAACCUACCAUCACCUCCAUUCAGUCCGAAUUCAAAUGCAUUUCCUCCACUGACACUGACCACCCAGAGCCCACACAUUAAAGGGCAUUCCCUCCAGACUGCCAAGUAGACCCAAGACCUCAGAUACCAGCCACAAGCUUGGGAGUUCCCAUGAUACCCUCACUUCUAACCUGCUGGCUACAGAUUUGAUGAUUCCAUCUACCCCCUCAGGAUACCACUCAUGCCAGGGGUUCCUAGCGCCCUCACAAUUAACCUGCCGGCUCCCACUACUCCCUCCAAUUUGAUAAUCUGCUAGACUUUCUCACAGAACUCAGAAAAGCACUGUAUUUGCAACUACAAUUGUAUUAUAGCAAAAA